AUGAAUCCCUACAAAGAUAUAGAAGAAAGUUCAUUCAGUGCCGUUCCUCAUGUUGCUUAUGAAGAUAUUGCUACAAAGUUAUUAAAAGAUCACUACUUUUUGACCGCCUUAGAACUGCACACAGAAUUAGUAGAAAGCGGUAAAGAACUGCCCCAAUUAAGAGAAUUCUUCUCAAAUCCUGGAAAUUUUGAACAGCAUGUUUCUAGAGCAACGGAAAUGAAUUCUAUGCAUCGCACACCAAGCUUGGCAACAUUAGAUUCUCUUGAUACUGCAAGGUAUUCUGAAGAUGGGGGAGGAGAUAGAGCAGGAAGUGGUGGAGAUAUUGCCGUCUUAGAAUUUGAGUUAAGAAAAGCUAAGGAAACUAUAAAUUCUUUAAGAGCAAAUCUUACUCAGUUUGCAGACGGAGAAUCAACUUUAGAUAAAAAUUUAAAAGACAACCUAAAUUCAAAGUCUCUUAAGCCACAUGAGAAAAGAGCCUUAAACUUUUUAAUAAAUGAGUACCUGUUACUAGAAGAUUACAAAUUAACAAGCAUUACAUUCUCAGAUGAGAAUCCAAAUCAGGAAUUUGAAGAUUGGGAUGAUGUAGGUCUAAACAUGCCAAGACCGCCCGGUCUUGUAUCCUUGUUUAGAGGGAGCAAUACUUCUGUAAAUAUUCCAAAACAUGAUGCUUUCACCCAGUAUGACAAAGACUAUUGGUCAGAUGCGGAGUGUCAGACACAGCUAGAUGAUGGUAAUGUGUGCGUAAGCUGUCAAACAUCACUUGAACAUGAUGCAGAUUGGAAUCACGAGAUAUUAAUUCAGGCAGAAGAAAUAAAUUUAUUGAAACAAAAAAUCAUAGCUUUAGAAACGGAAAAGCUGAAUUUCCAAAAGCUUUACGAUGCCGCUGUUGUAAGUCUUAAUUCACUCACAAGUCCAGCGUCAGAGAAGCAUGGUCUAGAUUUACAAAUUCCAAGUGAUAAGUUGGAUUCUAUACAAACAAGAGUUGAUAGUCAGACAGACCAGAAGCCUAUCACUUGUAUGGCUGCUGAAAAUCACUAUGGAAGCAGUAAUUCUACGCAUAGUGCAACUCCUGAUCAGUUUGAAAUGAUUGAAAAUGAGAAACUUUGUCUGUCGAUUAAGAAAGAUGGGUCAAAUACCAGUUCUUUUGAGCCAGCAUUGUUGGACCACAGUGGCCGUGGCACACCAGCACACAGAGGUAGUAUGACCACACUCGAUGACACACUCAGCAUGAAUGAUGCUGCAGAGUGGACUCGUCUGCACUAUGACUACAAUGUCAUUGAUAACAACAAGGAGGCUUGGAUUGAGAGUGCAAUACCAAGUAAUCUAAAGGAGCUGUUGAUAAGCUGGUGCAAUGAAGCCCUGGAAAUCAACGAACCCCUGUCUAAUGAUCUUCUGACAGAAUUAGUUAAUAAUGACAAACCAAUUGUGUUGCCAGCUUUAUUACAACUUGUUGCUGACACAUUACCAAAGAUCCUGCCUCACAUACUAGUGGGUCGUCGUAGUGAAUCGGCUGCACUGCUAACUGCUGCUAUUAUUCUGCUGCCGCCCGCCGACACACGACGAUCGAAAUUACUACACACUCUUCUUACUCUUUUUAAGAAACCAGACCCGACUGAUGCCAAAGUUAUAUGCGAAGCCGCAUGCCUUAUAGUGAAGUGGGGUGGAAGUGGAGAAGUUCUAUCGUCGAUCGCAGAACUUCUGGCCAGUCGAUCAACAGAACGAAGGGUAUUGGCGAGUCAAAUAUGCUUGGCUAUAGCACCGUACGUCCCUCUCGAACUCUGCACUUCCCUACUUCUGAGCCUAGUCGUGCUGAUGUGUGAAUCCAGUGAAAAUGAGAUACGCUCCCUAGGUCUAAAGGCCGCCUGUCUAAUUUGUCCAAUAGCCGAUCACAAGUAUGGGCAGCUAGAGAAUAUUCUCUUCAGUUUCCUAAAGGACCCGGUGGAGAAGAUUGUUAAGGAUACUGUUAAUUAUUUCAUUCCUGUGUUAGCUAGGAGUGCGCUUAUUGCUGGAAAGUUUUCUUCCUCCCUCUACAGCCGGAUAAUUUCCAAUUUAGUUAAAUCGUGUACAGAUAACGUAUGGACAGACGUACUAUUGUAUAUAGAUAUAUUAAGAGUAUUGGUGAUAGCGAAGCUGGCUUAUGUUAUUAACGUACAAAUAGUUAAGGAUACAGUGAACUGUGAUACGAAGAUAAACUUGCAGGACGUGUUGUUGUGCGAGCAGGAUAGCUUUAUGGACCUACAGUGUUAUAUGAGUGAGAGCGUAGAUGCUAAGAUGCUAUUGGUGGCUAUGAAUUCUUUGCUAAAGAAUACUCCAGAAGUCAGGUGGACAGAAUUAGGAUGGUUCAUGAAUGUAAUCAAGCAGAUAUUAGAAAUAACGACGUCAAACAGAGUGUUGAGCCAUCCAGCGAUAUACGAACUACUGAUAGAACUAUUCAGUACUUACGUCUACAAUUUUGGGGCACACUUUACUAGUGAAAUACUCAAGCCAAUAUUUAUGAAAAUUAUAAAUGACCUGGAGAACAAAUUGGAGAAGUUACAUACAGUGAAUGUCGAUAGUGUAAUCGUGGUUGGCAUUUAUUUAGUGACGAUUAUAAUUGCUGUGGAGGACACUGCGCAACGGGCGGAAUUCCUACAGAAAUGGGUUCUGUACAGCAGUAUACGAAGUUUGCCUACGAAAAUGCUGUCUAUACCUUUCAAGUGGUUAACGAAGCAUCGACCAGAUGUUCUAGACUUCUAUUUGCAAUGUCUUAGAGACUUUGCAGCAAGAAGUCGCGACAGUUCGAGCGGCAGCAGCAUUCGCGUGUAUACAGCGAUGCUGCUCAGCGAGUUGCUCAACACGAGCCAUGUGAGCGACGUAUGCCUCGAGUCACGGCUUCUGCCAGCUGUCACUACGCUUCUAUAUGAUGACGACACCUCUGUGCGCGAAGCAGCUAUAACAGCAUGGGGUAGCGUCGCUAGGAUCUGCGUCGUGCGUGGUCUCUCAGACACCAGUGCAUCCGUCCACUCACUCUGCUGGCCUCCCUUCGAAGAGCUGCUGAAUUCUCGCCCUCUCACCAGCAGGGAGGGCGCGAAAGCCUCUGAAGCAUUAACUCUUUUGGUACUUCCUACAAUGGAAAGUCAUGCUGUCUCCGAAACAGCGGUAUCAUUACUAUGUUCGUUAUGUCACCGGCAACUGACCGCAGAGUGGCUGGCGGCGCUCACACCUGGACUACAACUCGCUGUUCAUCAUUGCUCUCAUCAUCCUGCACUUUUACCAGCUCUAAGGAAACUGGAAGAGAGUGUACAGCAACCAGCCCUCAGUCAAUUCAAGCCUGCGAUCGAGGCCUUAGUGCAUGUGAUCAGCAAUGAAACACCGCGCGUGCCCUCACCCAAACCGGCGUCGAAUCUGCACGCAGCGCAGGAGGUCGGGAGACGAGUAACGCAGAUGUUCCAGCAAUCGAAAACCAACAUGAACCUACAGAAUAUAUUCAAGAAGAAACCAUAA